AUGGCUUUUUACUUUCUUUCUAUGGGAGAGGCCAUGUCGCAUGGAACGUUGCUUACACCUCGUGAGGCUGCAUCAGGUAUCCUUGGCUCUAUAUCAUUGACGUGUUGGGUCUUUCUCCUGGUGCCUCAACUGAUUGAGAACUAUCGAUAUGGCAGUGCGGAGGGUCUAUCUAUGGCAUUUCUUGUUGUCUGGUUUGUUGGGGAUGUCACAAAUCUCAUUGGUGGACUUUGGGCACAACUGGUCCCGGUCGUUGUUGCAAUUGCUGUCUACUUCUGUAUCGCUGAUGGAGUGCUAAUCACCCAAUGCUUGUACUAUAAUAUCCGCAAUGCGCGUCGAGAACAGCGCCGAAACAGUCGGCAGUCAUCUAUUGAGACUCCGACACCUACUACGCCUCUCCUCGGUAGGAGGUUCAGCGAUGAAAUAAGCAUUCCAGGCUCGCGACGACGAAGGUCUUCUGCAUCUGUGAGGGGUAACCAACGCCGAGCUAGCUAUGCCGACGACACACUUGCCAAAAUCGUGGAAGAAAACGAUUCAGGGGCCAAAGUCUGGAUAAAGAACGUACUAAGUGUUCUCGCUAUUAUCAUCAUCGGCGCAGGAGGCUGGGCGAUUGCAUGGCAGACUGGGCUCUGGAAGCCUACGCCUCAGAAACAGAGUGGAGGCGAUCAGAUAGCACCUGGGGCACAGGUCCUGGGAUAUUUCAGUGCAGUUUGCUAUCUAGGAGCUCGUUUACCUCAAAUAUUCAAAAACUUCAGAGAAAAGUCAUGUGAAGGUCUCUCAUUACUGUUUUUCAUUCUAUCUUUAUUGGGGAAUCUCACUUAUGGAGCCGGAAUUCUUGCUCAUUCUACACAGAAAGACUAUUUCCUGACCAAUUUACCAUGGCUGAUUGGCUCGUUGGGCACUAUGGUCGAAGACGUCGCCAUUUUCAUUCAGUUUCGUAUCUACGCUCGACCAGCCCUCGACGCUUAA